UCCAUUAGUCUAUACAAGAUGGAAUACUCACUCGUUACAAUCUGAUCUUAGACAUAAAGCAUCCCGUGUCUUUUGUAUACCUUACAGCCUUGACUUUAGUUAAACGAACACUCCUUGAUUACCUAGUCAUCAUGAACUACACCAAGACCCAACACACCAAGCCCUACGCGGCGAUCUCCCCUUCUUUGCCCCAUCUUUCUACGAAAUCUAAAUCUGUAUUCAUUACCGGGGGCUCCGCAGGUAUCGGAAAAGCUGUCGCCCUCGCCUUCCUCGAAGCUGGUUCUUGCCAUCUCGCUAUCACCGGACGUCGGGAAGCCGUUCUCUCCGCCGCAGCUACCGAGAUAAAGACUACGUACCCCGACGCCCAGGUCCUCACUUUCGUAGCCGAUAUCGCGGAUGAAGUCGCUAUGAAUAAAGCAUUCUCCGGUGCUAAAGAAGCCUUUGGAGCUCCGAUUGACAUCGCGAUCAACGGCGCCGGUUACCUCCCCUCCCUCAAACCCCUCGCUACCUCCGAUCUCAACGAUUGGUGGCUAGGCUACGAAACCAACGUCAAGGGCGCUGCUAUCUUCGCGCGCGGCGUAGCUAAGUACGCUGCUUCCGAUGCUGUGGUUUUGCAUCUGGCAACUGCGGGCGUGAUGUUUCCGGCGAAUGGGGGAUUGCCGAUGAGUGGGUACGCAACGAGUAAACUCGCGGGUGUGAAAGUUAUGGAGUAUUUCGGUGCGGAGAAUCCCGGGUUGAGAGUGGUGAGUGUGCACCCCGGUGUGGUGACGGAGUCGGAGGGUGGGCAGAAGAUGGUUGCGCAGUCGGAUGUGGAGUGGCAGGGUGAUGAUAGUAAGUUCCCCUUUUCUGUUGUUAUUUUUUCUCUACUUGUGGUUUGUCUUGCUAAUAUAUAUGAUUUAGUUAACCUGGGAGCCCAUUUCUUGGUCUGGGCCGCGAGCAAGGAAGCUGAGUUUUUGAAGAAUAAGUUGGUCUUUGCCGCGUGGGAUGUUGAAGAGCUGAAGGCUCGGAAGGAUGAGAUUGCUCAGUCGCCUGAGCUACUCAUUGGCCUCAAUGGAUUCCCUCGUAACGUGUAGAUUAGUAGCUCCGCCUGAGUCUGGAGGGACAUGUCAAGGCCAGAUAUGACCGC